UUGUAUAAGAUGAGGAGUGAGAAGGAAGGGUGAGCGCUCACCAACAAACGAGAGAAGACGUCUUUUCCCACAUUCAAAAGCAAAAAAGGGACGAUGGGGGUGGGUCCCCCGCUCCCUCUCUUCACUGGCCACUUCCUAACUCAUUGAAGGCGGCGUCAAAAGCGAGCUCCCAUGUCGGCCUCAAGCUUUCUCUUUCUCACGUCACCCUCCGCCUCAGCCACUACCGUCUCUUGGUUCUCCUGCUGACUCGGCUGCCACCUGUCUCCUCCCUGCCGUUUCUUCAUGACUGUGAAGAUAAAAGAAAAGCUCCCUCCUUUUCUGCGUGUAUCUGAUUCUCUAUUUCUAUGGGUCUUGAGCUUCUGAGUCUGCAUCAACAAACGUGGAAUCUCAUAAAAUAAAUGAGCGGUCCUGGAGGUAUGUCUCAGAAGGAUCCGGCUAUUAAGCUAUUUGGCAGGAAGAUUCCGGUGUCGGAAUGUCAGAUUCCGGCGACCUCUCCAAUGCCUCCUCAGAUUCCGGCCAACUCCGGAACCAUGGAUGCUUGCAGUCGCUUGAAGAAAACAGGAGUGGGAAGAGUUUGUUCAGAAAACUCUGAGCAACAAGAGGAUGCCUCUGAUUUAGCGGCAAGUAAAGAAGGGUCCCAACAUAAUCAGCUAGAAAAUGAGCCCAAAGCCUAUCCCAAGACUAUGGAAGAUAGAAUGCAAAAUAGCAGCACAGAUCAAGAUAAGUCAUUUAAGAAACCAGACAAGAUUCUUCAGUGUCCACGAUGCAACAGUUUGGACACAAAGUUUUGUUAUUUCAAUAACUACAAUGUUAAUCAGCCUCGACAUUUCUGCAAGAACUGCCAAAGGUAUUGGACUGCUGGUGGAACAAUGAGGAAUGUUCCAGUGGGUGCUGGGAGACGAAAGAACAAGCACCUAGCCUCUCAGUUUCGCCAUAUCAUAGUGUCCUCUGAUGGAAUUUCAACCUCUAGGUUGGAAACCUCAGACUCGUCUAGUCACCAACUUAUCUCAUCUGCUGAAUCUUCUGCUGCUUUCAGGUCUUCGGGGGCAAUGGAUAAUGGUAUUGUAUUGAAAUUCGGUCCAGAUGCCCCUCCUCUCUGUGAAUCCAUGGAAACAAUGCUUAUUAUUAGAGACCAGAAAAGGAAAGUUGAUGCAGAAAAUGUGAAAGAACAAUCUUUAUGUGGAUCUUCAGUGGCGAAUAGUAGUGGUUCUGAACUAGUCAUGCAAAAAGAGCACGGUGUUACUAAUCAGCUUAGCGCAUCAAAUCAAAUGCAAUGUUUCCCUGUUCCUCCACUGUUGUUUCCCUGGAAUCCAGAUUGGAACAAUGUUGUUUCUAUGACCGCAAUUCAUCAAUCUUCAGCGCCAAUGCAGUGGUAUCCAACACCGUUGAUGGCAGUUCCCAGCAUGUGCCCACGUGGCGUUCCUUUACAUUAUGCACCGCCAUCAUAUUGGUCCGCUGGCAGCGGCACAGUCUCGAUGGGCUCUAAUGGUUGCCUUUCACCAUCAUCGUCGACAAGUAAUAGCUGCUGCUCAGGCAAUGGCUCUCCAACUUUGGGAAAACACUCUAGAGAUGCAGUCUUGGUAGACGAGGAGAAGUCAGAGAAGUGUGUUCUGGUUCCAAAGACUCUUAGGAUUGAUGAUCCAAAUGAAGCUUUAAAAAGUCCUAUAUGGUCUACAUUAGGUAUAAAGCCUGACAAGAAGGAGUCUGAAUCAGAAGUUCGUAGUUCCAAGAAAUUGGAAACCGAAGGAGAUGGGAAAGACCGUGUGUUGGGCGUUUCUCAAAUUUUGGAAGCUAACCCAGCUGCGAUCUCUAGGGCGCAUGCAUUCCAGGAGAGCAUACAAUGAGUUUUCCAGCCUCGACAUUUCAAAUUUUCAAUAUCUUGUGCAUAAAUUGCUGGCUUUUGAUUUUCAUGCAGAAAAUAUGUUGUGAAUGCAUCACAACUAUGUCAAAUCGAUUGUAAUUUUUAAUAUUGUACUCACACAGAUUUUGAUAUCAAGCUUAUCAGGAUAUGAUGGUUCUUGGCAUUACCACAAUAAUUAGCUAAGAUCAUCUAUUGGGAUCUCUUAAUCAUCCAAUAAUACAUUCCAUUAUUUUCCAUC